GGAGGCAUAGUGGCGGAGGUUUUCGAAGGCGUUGAUGGUACUUCGUACGCGCAAGGGUCCCUUCUGCCGUAAGAGGAAUUAGGUACACUGCGAGCGCCAAAUGAAUGGGAGGCAGCCGGUACCACUGCAUGAUGCACUGGCACGCUUCAACGAAAACUGCAAGGACUUAUUUCACUCACGCACUGUGGCCGAAAUCACGGAAGUGCCGAGCCCGCUGGAGUUUCACAGGCGCUGGGUUUCGCCGAACCUGCCUGUCGUCGUCCGGGGGGGCGCGUCCCACUGGGCUGCUGUAAAUAAAUGGACUCAUGCCUACUUGAGGGAAAAAAUCGGAGACCUAGCGGUCACCGUAGCUGUCACUCCGAAUGGGUUUGCGGACGCUGUGCACGGAAGUGUGUUCGUGACUCCCGAAGAACGUGUCAUGAAAUUCGGCGAGUUCUUGGACAUCCUCGAACGCCGCGAGCGCUCAAAUGCGGUCUUUUACAUUCAGAAGCAAAACUCGAACUUCACUGACGAGUUCCGGAAGCUCGCAGGGGACGUUGAGACAGAUGUUUGCUGGGCGACAGCAGCUUUCGGCAAGACGCCCGACGCAGUCAAUUUCUGGAUGGGCGACGAGCGCGCCGUCACUUCCAUGCAUCGUGACCACUACGAGAACAUCUACUGUGUGGUUUCGGGCCACAAGGACUUUAUCCUGUUGCCGCCGACCGAUUUACCAUGGGUGCCGUAUGAAAAUUAUAAAACGGGACAAUUUCAUGAAGUCGCGAACGGCCAGUUCGACGUAAUCGCUUCAGGCGACGAUUCAUCGGUGCCAUGGAUUUCCCUAGAUCCAGAGAAUCCAGACUUCGACAGAUAUCCACACUAUCGACACGCAUCACCAGUCAAAUGUAGGGUCAGUGCUGGCGAUAUACUGUACCUGCCUUGCUUGUGGUUCCACCACGUCCGACAGAGCCAUGGAUGUGUUGCACUCAAUUACUGGUACGACAUGGAAUUCGACAUCAAGUAUUGUUAUUACAAGCUUCUAGAAGAUUUGUCUCUAAUCAGUAAAAACUGUUGAAGUAGUUUCCCGUUGCAUGCGUCAUGUCUAUUUCUACGGUGAGUACAAUCAGCCCGACUACUAAACGAAAGUGAAGUGCAACAUACAACUUGGAAUCAUCAAUAAGAAAUUUAAUUGUAACAAGCACACAUUUCAGGCUACUGCAACAGUAAAACACAAAAAUUAAGAACACCUUGCACAUCGUAUGACCAGUAGAGGGAACAUGUUUCGAUUUGUACAAGUACAAAAGUGCAUAUGUUAGUAGGUGUGACAUUAGCUCUAAGGACAACACAAUGUGAUGGCUAAGAACACGUGAUACGUAUGCUGGCCGAAUUUCACUGAGAAGCUCUAAUCAAAACCAAGGUGUGAAACACCUCAGGAGGUACACAACUUGCAUGGUAUUUCAUUGCAUUAAGUACCGGUUCUGUUAGUAAUGCAAACAAGUGGCAUCAACAACUCACUGAUGCUUUCUUCCAGAAAAUACAUUGCCAAUGCUAUUAAGAAAUGACCAUGGUGACCUAAAUGACAUUUCUGAAGUAUGAUAUUUUCACUCGGGAAA